AUGGCCUGUCCCCUGGUGAUGAGCUCACCCUCUACACCGGUUGGCAUCAAGAGACAGACCCGCGCCCGCAACGAGUCGCCCCAGACUCCCAUCCGCAAGCUGGUCUUGCAGGAAGACAAGCACGACUCCAUUCACAUCCCCUCGCCGCUCGCCUCGUCGCGGAGCCGCCAGGCGUCCAACAUCCCCAAGUCCAACAUCGCUCGCGACUCCCCCAAGAGCAAGAAGAUAGACCUUGGCGUCUCCGACUUUGCCCUUACGGGAUCCGGCAACCCCACUCCGGUCACUGCAACCGGCAAGAAGACCAAGAAGUCGUCUUCGACGGUCAAGUCGCGCCCGCAGAAGUCGACCCUCCGCGUGCCUCGCAACCCCACCGACCGCUUCAUUCCCCAACGCCUCACCACCGAGGCCAUCGACAACGUCAACGUAGCGAGGAUAUCCAAGCGCGGAGAGAACAGCCGCCCGGCCUCGAGGGAAAGCACUGCCGAGGGCUCUGCCGUUCUGGCCUCUGCUGCCAACGACCUCAACAUCUUCGGCUCCAGCGCGCCCGACGACGACCUGACCCUGGCCCUGGGCCGCGUCAACCUGGACGACGAGGACGAGGAAGAGACGGUCAAGAAGCCCUCUCCCAGAACCGUGGCCUACCAGGACUCUCUUGCUCAAGCCUGCGACAUGAACAUCGGCUCGCGCAUUCUCGAGUUCAAGCCCGCCGCGCCGCAGUCGACCAAGCCUGUGGACCUGCGUGCGCAGUACAACCGUCCGCUCAAGUCGGUCGGCGGCCAGCUUCGCCGCCGCAUUGCCUCGGCCCCCGAGAAGGUGCUCGAUGCCCCCAGCAUUGUGGACGACUACUACCUUAACCUCCUUGAUUGGUCCGCCGGCAACCAAGUCGCCGUGGCUCUCGAGCGCGCCGUCUACAUCUGGUCCGCUGACUCUGGCUCGGUCAACUCUCUCUUCGAGACUGCCGACGACACGUAUGUCACUUCGGUCAAGUGGAGCGGCGACGGCGCCUACGUCGCUGCCGGCCUCGACAAUGGCGAGGUUCAGAUCUGGGAUGUCGAGGAUGGCACCAAGCUCCGCAGCAUGCACGGCCACCAGUCGCGCGUCGGUGUCAUGGGUUGGAACAAGCACCUGCUGUCGACGGGCGACCGCUCGGGUCUCAUCAUCAACCACGACGUCCGCGUCGCUGACCACAAUGUCGCCGAGCUGACGGGCCACAGCCACGAGGUCUGCGGUCUGGAGUGGCGCUCUGACGGCCAGAUGCUUGCGAGCGGCGGCAACGACAACCUCGUCAACAUCUGGGAUGCCCGUAGCUUGACGGAGCCCAAGCACACCAAGACCAACCACCACGCGGCCGUCAAGGCGCUUGCUUGGUGCCCUUGGCAGCUCAACCUUCUUGCCACGGGCGGUGGAUCCAACGACAGGCAGAUCCACUUCUGGAACUCGACCACUGGCGCUCGUCUGAACUCGAUCGACACGGGUAGCCAGGUCACCAGCAUCAGGUGGGCGACUCACUACAAGGAGCUCGUCAGCACAGGCGGUUUCCCCAACAACGCGCUCUCGGUCUGGUCGUACCCCACGCUGGUCAAGAACAUUGAGAUUCCAGCCCACGAGCAGCGCAUCCUCUUCAGCUGCCUCAGCCCCGACGGCCAGACGUUGGCUACUGCGUCGGCCGACGAGAACCUCAAGUUCUGGAAGCUUUUCGAGAAGAAGGCGGGCGUUUCGGCCGUGUCUGCCAAGCCGCGCGCCCUUACUGCUCCCUCGACUCAGAUCCGCUAA